UUCAAACAUACAUACAUUACGAUACAAUAUGGAUAAGUUUAUACUUUGUUGUUUUCUCUGGAUUUGUCCAGUUUUUGGUUCAAAUGUUAAUAUAUUGGUACCAGACAGCCUUGCUUACGGAAAAACAUGUGAAUGUGGCCGAGAUCUAACAUUACCUUGCAAGUUCAAGAAUAAAACGUUUGCCAUAGCUUGGAUGAAUCUAAACGAUAUUUCACCAAUUGCUCAGUGUGUACGUAACAGAUGUGACAUUAACCCUAAAUACAUUGAUCAAUACAAGAUAUCAUAUGAUGCGACAAAUCACAUCUUCAACUUGACAAUUAUCAAGCUAACUAUGAAAGACAAUGGAAGAAAGUUUGUGUGUUCAGACGGAACCAGUACUGAUUCACAGCUUAUUUCGGUCAAAGAUUACGAGCCUCUGAUUUUAGAAAAUACAACAACUGGGACUAUACAGGCGAUUUCUGGCUGUAUUACCAAUGUCACGAAAGUUUUGUUUAAAUGGAUAAAGAUAUAUGCACAUAACAAGCGCGAGAAAGAAAUAACCCCAAAAAUCCGAAACCCAAGUAUAACAAGUUGUUCGAAGGAUUCUGAUUGCGGGAAUGAUCAACAAAUACAGUACUCAGAGGUAAUUUCCGCCAAGGCUAGUGACAAUGGAAAUUGCUAUCUGAAAAUUGUUGCAGAUUAUGGGAACGAACAAAGAGAGUCACAUUUUACCGUUGGGAGAUACAUGAUCGCAGAUCGAGAUGAAGAAAGAAGCAAUAAUGUAUUUGUGGUUGCAGUAAUUCUAGUUAGCUUUGCACUGAUUCUUACAGCAGCUGUAUAUUUAAUUUACUUACGUCAUAAAGAAAAGUUAAUAAAUAUGUGCAAUCUGAGCACAUUCACCAAGAACGAUAAAGAAACUAGUAAAGUUAAAUGGUUUUCACAGACAAAAAUUAAUGUUCUUCAGAAAACGAGACAUAUACACAAAGUCCAAGAGAAUCUUGCCAAAAAUAUAAAGAACAAAGCGAGGGUUUGA